CUGAACUCCAUUUCAUUCCGCCAUUACCACUACUUCUUUGCAGCCGAAGAUGAUCGCCACCGCCACCGUUUUCAUCUUUGUCAUUGGCACCACCACUGCUUCCCCUAUCAUUGGCCUUGACUCUUUUCUCGCCCAUCAGGCCCCUGCCGAUCCACUUGCCUCCGACGACUCCUUCCUUUCUCUCCCCUCCUCAGUCAAGAAUCCCUCUGUCUCACCCAUUCCCAUCCUCACAUCCCCUCUCUCAUUUCCUCCCUUCUUUCUUUCACUCUCUCUUCUUAAUGUACGACUCGUCGGUGAUUUCCCCUCCGCUUCAGAUUCCCUCCUAUCCUCCUACCUUUCAGCUUCUCAACCCGCCGACCACUUCCACGAUAUCUCCCCUUCUCAGCUCCAGAACCACCGUCUCGCUAUCAGACGCGCGCUCCAUCUCGACGUAUCUCAUUCUCCCUCUUUAGCUCCCGUUCUAUCUGAUGCGAUCAAAUCUGAAGUGGUCAAACGCUUAUGGAACCCCAGACUUCCUCUUCUAUCUAUUCCCUUUACUUCCGUUGAUCAGAUCAUUAAGCAUGGAUUUGAAAAGGAAAAACCCAUUGAAGGAGUGUAUCUGUACCUGCUGAAUUUAGGUGCCCAGGCGAGGCCAUAUGCUUAUAGCUACGACUCGGAUUCUUCCCCUGCUUUUCCCUGCUGUCUGGGGACUUUUUUCACUGGAACAGAGAGGUAUGUUUGGAUUUAUUUGAACGCAGGACCUGUACAUUACUGGCCGGCUUAUACAGGGGAUGGCGUUUUGCCUAGGGGAGAGUUUCAUCCUUUGGGAGCACUCCAUGGUCGACCCCAGUCCGGGAAGGCAUUGCUUGCGGAUUUGGAGGGCCUACCAGGUUUUUCUUGUGCCUUUUUGAGAAUUCCUGCUCCUUAUGAAAAUCCUUUGGUUGUUCAGUUCAUACAUGUGUAUGGAAUUGAAGGGAAGGAGUCCUAUGGUCUUGACUGGGAAUUGAUUGAGAAGAAGUUCAGGGAUGAGAAUGGGCUCUUGUCACGUGGCCAGUCGUUGAGUUUUAAGGCCUAUGAAGUUAAAUACUCUGAUUGCCCGUUUUGUUCGUUCGCUACUUUGAGGUCACUUAAUUCGUGUGCUUCUAAGUUUUUGUUUCAUAACUCUACUAUUAUCGUGAGUGAGUAUUUGGAUUCUAAGCUCCUCCAUCAGAUAUUAUCCGAAUCCACUAAUGAGUUCAGGAAAGCAGCAAAGUACUUGGAGAGGAUUUGGGUCGGACUAUCUGUGUAUGUUUUUGACUUGGAUUAUAACACGAUUGUGCUGCUCGAUCGAUAUCACCAGUCUGUUGCUUUCAGGGACAUGGUCAUUGCAGUUAGGACAAAGAACCCUCAGAGUGGUUAUAGCUGCAAUGGUCAUCCUAUAUUCACAAAUACAAGGGCACUUGAACGACCACUCGUUGGGUCGAUUCUUCAGAGCAUGUGGGGAGUUUCGCCAACACAUUUGUCAUGGGGUCCCAGACACAAUAAUACUCUGGUGGAUUAUACAUGGAGUAUAGGGAAGACUACAUUUGGGCCAUUCUCCAAGAUGUCUCUGUCUUUUGUGCAGAAAGAUGCAGCACGGAGAAAUGUUUUGUUGACGACCUUGAAUUACAGCAUUUCAAGUGCUAUAAAUGUUCUUCACUCCACAGAAACAUAUGCAAGAGACGAUCUACUCAAACAAAAGGAGGAUGUUGAGUUCUUUCAGAGAUGGAACCUUUUCAAAUACAAACUGGACAAACUGGUGUCUGCAUUGUCGCAUUUAAAUUUCGAGAUGGCCUUUUUUCACCUAAGGUCUUCUGAUCAUGAUUUGGAUGCUAUCCAUUCUAUUGUCUAUCAUGCCUCCCAAGAAAUAGAAGCAUCCCUUGCGUACUUCAGGGAUCCUCCAUUUCCAUGGGGUUUAGUCUCAUUAUCUGUUGCGGCCUUCUUCUUUCUAUUUUUUGUUUAUGCGAGAAGGGAUGAACUUAGAAGAAAUAAAAGGAAUCAAUUUUGAUGCUCUUCUGAGGAAAUCAUAUUUAAUGAUUAUAAGGAAAAGCAACAAAUUUAUCGCUUGUACAAGAGGUACACGGAA